CUAGAUCCAACUUCUCUGGGCCUCCUUUGUCUCCCUUCAACACACUUAUAACUUCCCAACACUGUGCCAACUGCAAUGUCACAAUUGCACAUUAACACUACAUAAACCACACUCAACCCCAAGGGUAUUUCCGUCAUUUCACAUACUACAGUCCAAUUGGACCAGUUCUGUAUCAACUCAACUGCAAUCCAAGGAUAAGCAUACAUUUGCAGCAACAGUGUCACAGUGAAAUUCUCUUUCUUUCUUUCUUUCUCUUUGGUCUGAUAUCACAAGAUCGUUGGUUACUUGGAGUCCGAACUUGUAACGUAUUUCGCCGGAAUAUUCCUCCGGGAAAUGGGGUUUCUCAAUAGCCACUGAGGAUUAACAAAGAUGGGUGAUGGAGAAGAAUUCGUCGGAGCUUCGGGUCUGCGGCGAGCGGUGGAGCUCAUCCUUGCCGUGCUCUCUCUGUCGCACUCGAUUCGUGUCUUCGCGGGGAAAUGGCAGCUCAUUCGUAACAAGCUGGAGGAGCUUCACGGAGGUUUAGUUGCCGCCGAGAACUGCGACCCCGGGGAGAGCCCGUCGCUUUCGCGGCUGGUGGGGGCGGUGGCGGCCACCGCGACGGAAUGCCACGAUCUGUGUCGGCGCUGCGUGGAUGUUUCCUACAGUGGGAAGCUUCUGAUGCAGAGCGAUUUGGACGUGGCGUUCGCGAAGCUCGAUGCGCACGCGAGGAAGCUCUCUGAGAUAUACAAAAGGGGGAUUUUAACAAAUGGGUUCGCGCUGGUUGUGUCAAAGCCGAGUCUUGGCGGUUCGAAAGAGGACAUGAGGUUCUACGUGAGGGACUUAACGACGAGGAUGAAGAUUGGAGAUUUGGGGAUGAAACGACAGGCGUUGCGGAACCUCCUAGAAGUUGUGCUGGAGGAUGAAAAGUAUGUGAAGGUGGUUGUUGGCAUGGGUGACGUGGUUCAUUUGUUGGUGGGGUUUUUGGGUUCUAAUGAGGCGGAAAUCCAGGAGGAGAGUGCUAAGGUGGUUUCUGUGGUUGCUGGAUUUGAUUCUUACAAAGGGGUUUUGGUUGGGGCGGGGGUGAUUGCUCCUUUGGUUAAGGUUCUGGAUUGUGGGAGUGAUUCGGGGAAGGUUGCGGCGGCGAGGUGUUUGGUGAAGUUGACUGAAAAUUCGGACAAUGCUUGGUGUGUUUCGGCUCAUGGGGGGGUCAGUGUGCUGUUGAAGAUUUGUGGUGGUGGUGAUUGUGGAGGUGAUUUGGUCGCACCUGCUUGUGGGGUGUUGAGGAAUCUCGUUGGCGUUGAGGAGAUUAAGAGGUUUAUGGUUGAUGAGGGUGCUGUGUCAACUUUCAUUAAGCUCGUGAGAUCGAAGGAGGAAGCGAUUCAGGUGAAUUCGAUUGGGUUCAUUUUGAGUAUUGCCUCUGGGGAUGAGUUGGUUAGGCAGAUGGUGAUCAGAGAAGGAGGGAUUCGUGCUUUGUUGCGUGUUUUGCAUCCUAAGUGGUCUUAUUCAUGUAAAACAAGGGAGGUAGCAAUGAGGGCUGUUGAGGAUUUGUGUUUCUGUUCACCUAGUUCUGUGGGUGUGUUGAUGAGUUAUGGCUUUGUGGAUCAACUGACAUAUUACAUUCGAAAUGGGGAGGUUUCGAUUCAGGAGUUGGCGUUGAAAGUGGCGUUUAGGUUGUCUGGAACAUCUGAGGAGGCCAAGAAAGCAAUGGGGGACGCAGGGUUUAUGCCAGAGUUUGUUAAGUUUCUUAAUGCAAAGUCCUUUGAGGCUCGAGAAAUGGCAGCCGAGGCACUCUCUGGCAUGGUUACGGUGCCUAGAAAUAGAAAGCGAUUCGUGCAGGAUGACCAUAAUAUUGCCCUUCUUCUGCAGUUGCUUGAUCCAGAGGAGGGGAAUUCCGGUAAUAAAAAGUUCUUAAUCUCUAUAUUAAUGUCGUUAACGAGUUGCACUAGUGGGAGGAAAAAGAUUGUUAGUUCUGAAUAUGCAAAAAACAUAGAAAAACUCGCUGAAGUUUCUUCUGAAGCCAAGAAACUUGUCAAGAAGCUAUCCACAAACCGGUUCCGAAGUAUGUUGAAUGGAAUCUGGCACUCGUGAAUGUAAUUCAUUUUUUUUCCUUCACCCUUUUUCUAACUGUAUAUUUACAUAAGUGCCUUACAAGUUUUGCUAAUUUGUGUUCACCUUAUUGGUAUGCUUUCUGUUUUAUUUCAUUGGCCUUACCUUAAAAAAGAAUAGCACAGCUUUAUGUUGAGAUUGUAACCAGGUGUAGUGAUAAGUGAUACAAUAAAAGCGUUGUUGUAGAUUU